UGCAUUCAGAAAGUUCUGUAACUGCAGCCAUGUGACUGGGUGAUUCCUAGGAAGGAAGACGACUAUUAGCAGUUUGCUGAGUUCCUGUCUUAUGAUGGCGGAGAAGUCACAUGGAUCUGAGAACCCUCAAGGAGAUCAGGAAAAGAACAGAAGAGACAUCCUGAAAAUCACCAAGAGAGCCUGGGUUCCCCUGUAUGAGCAACUGCCUCCUGACACAGAGGAGGAAAGUCAGUCUUUUGCGGUUCCCAGGCUGGAUUUGUACAAACAAGAAAGUAUUCAGCACUGGCUGGACUCUGGAUUAUUUGUGUCUACAAAUAAAAACUGCCAUCAAGUCACUGACCACACUGCUUCUUUACAUGAACAAGGAAUGGUUCAGAUGACUGUGAAAGACUUCGUGAGAUCUCUGCAUCAGUUUUCAGAAACUCCCACCCUAUCCAGAGGGACCAGUUUCAACUCUUGCCAUUCUGCUACAAGUAUACCACAAAGCAUUCCUGAAUUGCUGGAAUUUUGGGAAAAAGAUCCAGUGGAGAUUCUCUUGGAUCUGGGAUUUGGUGCCGAUGAGCCAGACAUCUGUACACAAAUCCCAGCCAGGUUCCUGCAUUGUAGCUCAGCAGCCAGAGGAAUCAAUAUCCGUGUUUUUCUCGAGGCUCAGAAGCAGCGAAUGGACAUUGAGAAUCCUAACUUGUACGGUCGUUUCCAACAGCUUCGGAUCCUGGACCAUGUGGCCAAUGCAUUCUCAUCUUUGUUGAACGAUGUUAAUGACCUACAGAAUGAAACAGAAGAUAAAUAUGGACAAAAGAGUGUGCAAAAGACUUCAGUGAAUCGGGCAAAAGAGCAUCAAAGAAGAAUGAAUAAACAUUACAGGAGGUCUUAUGAGCAGAGCAUCAGGAGGGGGUGUAAUAUAGAAACAUCAGAAGCAUCAGAUGUAAGGGAGAGAUUUUCCCUCACCUCUGCAGAGCCAGCCGAGUGUGGAGUGAGCUUAGCAGCAACAGCAAACCACUGUGACCAAAGGAAUUUGUCUUUUUCAGUGGAGUCUCUGUUCCUCCAAGUCCAUGAUGACUCUGAUCUUUGUCAUAUUCCUUGUGCUCUUCCAAGCAAGCAGAGGCAUCACCCAUCCAUGUCAGCCAAACAGACCUCCCCUUCCUGUGUGUCUGAGAGAUUCAUAAAGGACAGAAACCAGAAGGAAAACUCAGUUCAUGCCAACAAGCUCAAGAAUCUAUUUUGUCGUGCACGCAAUGCACCAGAUUCCUUUGAAAUGGAAGAGGUCCUGAGCUUUGAAGAUGAGAACAGUAACCCUCUUGAUAUGAAUUCAGGAACUGCAGGUGUCAUGAUGAACAGAGCAAACAGUUGCCAGUCUGACAGCAGCGGCUUCCUUGAGGAACCACUGGAACCAUCAGCUCUGCAGUUUCUUCUGCAGAUGCCACUUUUGCCAAGCAGUCAAAGUUCUGCUGAGAAUGGAUGCAUUAUGUCAGAGGACAAGAGCCACAGCUUGCAGUCUUUCCAGGACUUCCAUCAAGAAUCUGAUGAAUCUGAUUCCAAGAGUAUGGCGAGCACAUCUUUUUCAAGUCAAGACUGGAGUAUCUUGGAAGAAAAGAUCUCUUUACCUGUGGUGGAGAAACAGUCUCAGUUUGAGGACAUGAGGGAGCCACCAGAGCACUGGGCACCAGGAAUGGCUCCAGACGAGACCUGCACAGAGGUAGAAUGUCGAAGGACAGACCACCACCUGCAGCAUCCUAUACCAAUGCCCUGGAAAGAAAAUGAUGUGGACAUAAGCACAGUUACUUCCAAGUGGGAAUGUGCCCCAGGAGUAUUGGUGUCCCACAGCACAGAAGUGAAUGAUCGGUCUCCAAGAUCCAAAGGAGCUGGAGAAGUAUAUGUGCAAAGCUACCACCAUGAGCCUCAAAGAUCACCUGAGAUUGACUAUCUUCAAGACAAAUGUUUAUGCAUCAACUGUGCAAUACUAGAAAAAGCAGAAAGCAGUCAGUUUUGUCCUGACAUUCACAGUGACUCACUUCCAAGAAAAAGUCUGCCAUCAAAUGGCCCUGAGUCCAAAGAAGCCACAUCUCAUCCAGUUGAGUUUGUUUUAACAUCUGAAAAGUCCAUUCCCCAACUUGGUGAAUUGGCUGGAGAUACACCCCAAAGGAAGCCACGGUGUCUAGCUUUGGGUCAAACACCCCCUGGACCAGAAUCAGAGAUGAAAAGUUCUCCUUCAAAUGCUGACUCCAACACCAACAGCUCUAAGUCUUUAUCAAUCCAGUUGUCCUCCAAUAAGCCAUCAGCAAUUCAGAAGACAGUGGAGUUGCGUACUGAUUCUAGAGGAGCAACUUUAGAAUGCACUCUGUGCAACCAUGUCAUCACAGUAGAACCAGUAGCAAGACAAUUCAAUGAUGUUUCUGUUCAGACUGAUCAAUGUGAACCCAGCCUCUGGCAUUGCUAUUCAGCGUUAAGUAACAAGGCCUUGAUAUGUGCUGCCCAGCCCCUCACCAAAUCUCUCUCUCUAGACACAGGCUUACCAACUGUCCGCCCAGUGAGUAUCUGCUGUGCUGUACCUGCUCACUGCCACUGCAUCUGUUGUCAUCACCAUCCUUACUGCCACCCCCAGAGACAAAGCCCCGCCCCAGUGCCUUCAGCCUGCAAGCAUUGCCCUUGCUCACACAAUCAUCAUACUGAAGCCCAGUUCCUGAAGACCUUGAAAGCUCUGCAAGAAACUACAGUGAGAGAGCUGUGCUCUUGCACGGUCCAGGAGAUGGAGGCUAUGAAGAUGGUGUGCCAGAGUUUCCGAGAGCAUCUAGAGGAAGUUGAAAAGCACCAUACAAGACAACAGGCCCUCUUUUCUAAAGACAUGACAGAAGAGGAAAGGGAGGAGGCGGAGGAAUUGCAAACUUUACGGGAGGCCUUGUGGCAGCAGAUGAAAGAACUAGAAUUUCAAUUAGGAGACCGGGCUCAGCAAAUCAGAGAAGAGAUUCUAUUGCAGCUUGAGCUACUCACUGGAAAAUCUGAACAAAAUACCAAUCUCCAUCAAUUUAACUGGACUGAAGAAAAGACCAGCCUGACUCCUUGUGCUAAAAUUCAUGGAUCCAUGAACCCCACAACUGACUUUUCUUCAAAUGCUGGCCAACAGGCUACUUGUUCAGAGGACAGCCAUAUUGCUGCCUUUUCUCCAUUUUCCUCAGAGUAUAGUAUUCCCAGGAUGUCUCCUCCUUCACUGUGGACAGGGGCAGAUUCAUCCCACUUGUCAAAUUGUCCUGUAGAAGAAAAGGACACAGAUAUCUUCCUCUAGAAGAGAGUGAAUUUUACAUCCUUUCU